GGUGAGGCAGGACUAAUUAUCAGGCUGCUUGAGUCUGUGAAGUAAUUAUCCCUUUCUGUUACUGGUAUCUUACAGAAAUGAUGAACCAUAAAGAUGAAUUAUGUUUUUCUUGUGUUUUGCAGAUGACGGUGCUGUAACUAUUCAGUUUUGAUAUUACAUCAGGUGAAGAGGCAACAAAAGAAUCUUUGUAUGUUGUCAAAGUCCUCCUACAUUCACCAAAUUUAUUUGGAAACAAGAUGAAUUUUAAAAGUAAAUAUAUGGGAUUUCAUUGAGGUGAUUGACUCUCCAGUAACUCAGAUGCCACAGAUGCAUCUAAAAUGAACACUUUUCCUGAAAGAGAAAUGUUGAAGUCUCACACUAAAACUUAUUUAAAAAUCCAAAUCUUUAAUUGGAAGAAGUGAAGAAGAAGUGAACCAGAAUGUAUGUUAUUAAUUUUAGAAGAAUUAGAAAAUGUCAGUUUGUGUACAUUUUUGCCACUUGUUUAGUUCUGUGCUUCUUUGUUUUUUUUGUAGAAAUUGAUAGCCCUACCUUUGUGUACUUUAUAAAAUCUUUCUCAUACAGAUACCUCAUAAAUAACUAUCCUUUUGUGAAUGACAAUCUAAGUACUAGCAGAUGUAACAGCGUAGCAAGGCAUCGAUAUCUGAUCAAUCAUGAAGAGAAAUGUCAAGGGCAAGAUGUUCUCCUCUUGAUCUUUGUAAAGACAUCACCUGAAAAUUACCAGAGGAGAGAUGCAAUUCGACAAACAUGGGGUAAUGAAGACUACGUUCAUCACUAUCUGAAUGCCAACAUAAAAGCCUUGUUUGUUUUAGGACAAUCACGUUUUUCACUGGGAAGUGAAAUGCAAAUGAGGCUGGAAAGGGAAGACAAGAGGCAUGGUGAUCUGAUUCAACAAGACUUUUUGGAUACUUUUUACAAUCUUACCUACAAAUUACUGUUACAGUUCAGCUGGGCAAACAAGUUCUGCCCUCAUGCCAAGUUUGUCAUGUCAGCCGAUGAUGACAUAUUUAUCCACAUGCCAAAUCUUAUUGCAUACCUCCAAAAUCUAGCACAAAUUGGGGCUCAGGAUGUUUGGGUUGGGCACGUCCAUUAUGCAUCACCUCCCGUGAGGGAUAAAAAAAGCAAAUAUUAUGUUUCCUAUAAAAUGUACCCAUGGUCUGUCUAUCCUGACUACACAGCUGGAGCUGCAUAUGUUCUAUCCAGAGAUGUAGUUGCUAAAGUAUACCGAGCCUCACAGACUCUUAAUUCAAGUUUUUACAUAGAUGAUGUUUUCAUGGGAUUUUGUGCCAACAAAGUGGGAAUUGUACCACACAAUCACCCCUUCUUUUCUGGGGGAGUAAAGGCUCCAUAUCAUCCUUGCAUUUAUGACAAAAUGAUUACUUCUCAUGGACAUUUAGAAGAUCUUCAGUAUUUUUGGCAACAGAUUACAGAUCUAAAAAUGAAAAACAUUUCUUCUGGAAUUUGGGGUAGUAUAUACUGUAGAAUAGUUAAUAUUAUGCUGCUUUGCAGAUUAUAUAAUCACGAUACGUAUCAUUGUUCAGCUGCAUUUUCCUAAUACUUGAAUAUCAGAAUAGAUUUAUUGAGUCACAAAUGAAGGAGUAAGUCACUUGCUUUCUCCAUAACAAAUUAGAAUGAACAUAAGAAAAAUUCAAUCAAAACUCGCCUGCAGAUUGCACAGUUCUCCAAAGAUACAUUAUAAUUAUAAAAACAAUUUCCCUAUUAUAGUAAAGUUUCCCACCAGAUACUUUUAAGAACUGGAUAGAUUUUAAAGUUAACAUUUAUUCUUCUCAAUCUGGAAUUAUGAAAUUACCAAAUAGAAAUUGAAUUGUUAAUUAGUUGAAAAACAUACAUUUUCUGACAUGUUAAUAUUUGCAGUUCACAUGGAGAAAGAUA